UGCAACUUAAGAACGAAAAAUCAGUAGAAACACAGCCUAUAAAAAGCAAGAGCCCCCUAACAAAUUCAACUUCAUUGCAUAGUCGAAUCAAAUACUCAAAACGCAAACGGAAGAUAGAAAAUAAAAAAAAAAAUGAACGAUUUGCUAUCCGCUGACAACAACCACCGCCACGUCAUCCAGAUGGCUGAGAACUCCACCGGCACGGCGAUAAGCCUAGAAAAAUUCUUCGAAGAAAUUGAAGCGGUGAAAGAAGAAUUGAACGAAUUAGAAAAGCUCCACGUAAGGCUCCGAAAGUCGCACGAAAAAAGCAAAAGGCUUCACAGCGCAAAGGAAGUGAAAGAGCUUCGUUGUAGAAUGGAUUCUGACGUUAGUCUCUCUCUAAAGAAAGCGAAAUUCGUGAAGGGUAGUUUGGAGUCACUUGAGCGGUCUAAUGAAGCAAGCCGGGGUUUAAAGGAUUGUGGACCGGGUUCGUCUUCUGAUAGAACCCGGUCGGGUGUGGUGAGUGGGUUGAGGAAAAAAUUGAAAGAGUCGAUGGAAAGUUUUAAUGAACUUAGAGAAGAAAUAUCGUUGGAGUAUAGACAAACCGUGAAACGGAGAUAUUUUACUGUCACCGGAGAGAACCCUACUGAUAAAACUGUUGACCUCCUCAUCUCUACUGGUGAGAGCGAAACAUUCUUAAAAAAGGCAAUCGAAGAGCAAGGUAGAGCAACAGUAAUGGAGACAAUCCAAGAGAUUGAGGAGAGGCAUGGUGCAGUGAAAGAGAUUGAGAGAAAUCUAAAAGAGUUGCACCAAGUGUUUUUGGACAUGGCUGUUUUGGUUGAAGCACAAGGUGAAGAUUUGAAUGACAUUGAGAGCCAAAUGAUGAGAGCUAAUUCUUAUGUUACCAGUGGGGUUCAACAAUUUCAUGUUGCUAACACCCAUCAAAAGAAUACCCGUAAAUGCACCUUUUUUGCCAUGUUACUCCUCCUCAUUAUUGCUUUGGUUAUUAUUCUCCCUAUUGUUUUUAAAUAAUAUUUCAUCAAUUCUGCCACUAAUUUGUAACUAGUAAUUAACACAUUUUAAAUAAUUGGUUAAUUAUGAGAAAAUGUCUUUCGAUCUUUUAUGUA